AUUCAUAUUUUCAUUUCAGGUUAUUUAAUAACAAAUGUUAACAGUCAAUUAUAAGGAAGCUGAAACAGAAGAAUUAAUGUGGUAAAUUAAAUAAAAAAGCGGAAAAGGAAGAAAAGAUCUGUAACCAUGGAAACUGCAACAGUAGAAUCUCAACAGGAAAUGACAGGACCAGAGGAUGUUAAAAGUGAGUUGACAUUAGGUGAUGUUAAACUUGAAGGUGUUCAGUCAUCAGAGGGUAUUGUGACACCUACAGAAGCAGCAGCUGCAGGUGAUAUUAAUGUGAUACUUGAUAAAGGUGACAACAAUAUGGGGAAUAAUACUUCAGCACCAGUUGUUGCUACUUCCAUUAAAACAGUGGAAAAUGGCAGUACAGAAAAGCCCUAUAGUUAUGGUGAUACAGCUGUGGUGAAAAAAGAUAUUGAUGACUUGUUACCAGCAAGUUCCUUAUGGACAACAGAUAUGAAGGGAACCGUUAAACUACGGAUGGGUAAUUCCGGUCCAGCAUCGGUGAAGCCCACCACUAUACCUACCGUAUUUAGAAAAACUGUAGAAAGGCUACCAAAUCAUCUGGCAUUAGCUGUGAAAAGAGAUGGUGAAUGGAAGCAAUGGUCAUACGAACGUUACUAUAAGGAAUCACAACAGGCUGCCAAAAGUUUUAUAAAGCUUGGACUUGAGCCCUGUCAUGGUAUGGGUAUACUAGGAUUUAAUGCCCCGGAAUGGUAUAUCUCUUUUAUUGGUGCCAUAUUUGCUGGGGGUAAAGCAACUGGAAUCUACACUACUAACACUCCAGAGGCCUGCCAGUAUGUACUGGAAGAUUGUCAAGCUAAUAUUGUUGUUGUUGAAAAUCAUAUGCAGCUACAGAAGAUAAUUAAAGUAUGGGAUAAGCUGCCUCAUUUGAAGGCUAUAAUACAAUAUACUGGUGAGGUGGCAGAAAGGAGGGAUGGAAUCUAUUCUUGGGAAGAUUUUCUAGCCUUGUCUAAAGAAGUUCCUGAUUCUGAGUUAGAGAAACGCUUUAUGUUACAGGCACCAAAUACUUGCUGUUCUCUUAUAUACACGUCUGGAACGACAGGAAAUCCCAAAGCUGUUAUGAUUAGCCAUGACAGUUGUACAUGGACAGCAGAACAGACAGGUAAACAGUUACAGUAUAAAGAUGGUACUGAGAUAUCUGUCACAUUCCUUCCACUGAGUCAUAUUGCAGCACAGAUGUUAGAUAUACUUAUGCCACUUAGAUUUGGUACUUCUGUUUACUUUGCACAGCCAGAUGCUUUAAAGGGAUCAUUAGUUGAAACAUUAAAAGAGGUACGGCCAACAGGACUGCUUGCUGUACCAAGGUUAUGGGAGAAAUUCAUGGAGAAGAUGCAAGCUAUUGGUGCCCAGACAACAGGUUUGAAACGAAAAUUUGCCAUUUGGGCAAAGGCAAAAGGAAAGAAAGGUGCAGAAGCCCAAAGAAAUGGAGAGAGAAUGCCCUGGGGCUGGAGUAUAGCUAAUAUGAUAUUGUUUAAGAAGAUUAGAGCCAACCUUGGUCUUGACAGAUGUAGAUUACAGGGCUCUGCUGCUGCACCUAUCAUGAGGGAAACUCUAGAAUAUUUUGCGUGUCUAAAUAUUCGUAUUGAUGAGUGCUAUGGAAUGAGUGAAAGCUCAGGUCCACACACAUUCUGUACUGAUCAGGCAUUUUCGAUAACAAGUGUUGGUAGAGAAUUACCUGGAGUAGAGACUAAGCUUGAUAAUCCUGAUGAAGAUGGUAACGGUGAGAUAUGUUUCUAUGGUAGACAUGUGUUCAUGGGUUACUUAAACCAGGAGGAGAAAACAAAAGAAGCUUUAGAUGAACAAGGUUGGUUACAUUCAGGAGAUGUUGGCAAGAAAGAUAAAGAUGGUUUUCUAUAUAUCACAGGGAGAAUAAAAGAGUUGAUUAUUACUGCUGGUGGAGAGAAUAUUGCCCCAGUACCUAUUGAGGACAAUGUAAAGGAGGAACUGAAGUGUGUUAGUAACUGUAUGCUGAUAGGAGACAAGAGGAAAUUCUUGUCCAUGUUGAUAACAUUAAAGUGUGAUAUGGACCUGGAUACAAACGAACCAUUAAAUACAUUAUCACCAGAAUGUGUGACCUGGUGUAAAUCUAUAGGUAGUUCUGCUAAAACGGUCAAUGAGGCUAUAGCUGAUCAGGCAAUGUUAAAGGCGAUACAAGCUGGUAUAGAUAAAGCCAAUGAUAAAAGUGUAUCUCGAGCAGCUAGGAUACAGAAAUGGUCAAUUCUCGCAGCUGAUUUUUCCAUACCAGGAGGAGAACUUGGACCAACACUGAAGACAAGGCGGCCGAUUGUUGUGAAGAAAUAUGAGAAGACAAUAGAGGGAUUUUAUGCUGACUAAUGAAACAUCAUUUCUUACUGGCCAUAAAACAUACAUUUUACAAUAUUUAACACACAAUAUCCUAGAUUGUACCCUUUUCUUGUACAGGAGGAUAUUGGUUUGUGUCCCUAAGACCUUUGUGAUUUUUCUUGCUUGGAGCACAUUGUGGGAUAUUUUAUUCAGUGUCCAGGUUUAGAUUGAAAUGAAAUGCAACAAGUUUUGUAGAUGGACUGAGUUUUAGACUGACUUGAAAUGCAAGUAACCUUUUGGAUGGACUGUGUUUGGUUUUGAUUGAAAUGUUAGCAGUCUUAUGAUUGACUGGGUUUAGAUUUAAUUGAAAAUGAAACCAGUCUUGUAGACUGUGUUUUUUUAUUGAAUUAUAAGCAGUCGUAAAGAUUGGCUGGGUUUAGAAAUAAUUGAAAAUCCAACCAGUCUUGUAGAUGGACUGAGUCUAGAUUUUUUAUAUUGAAAUGUAACCAGUCUUGUUUAGUUUUAAUUGAAAUAUAACCAGUCCAAGAA